AUGGCCCUAAAGGAAUCACUCGAAGCCGUUUUCAUUGAUCCUAUCCCAGGUCGAAUUCCUAGAGGUGUUAUUAACUUGAAUUUUAAUAACCUUCGAGUAGUACGUUGCAUAACGUGUAUUUCCUCGCCAUCAGGAUACGCCUGGUUACAGAAACCGAUUUUCAAAAACAUGGAGGUGCUUAUCAUCAGCUAUUGGCAUGCGAAUACUUAUUGGAAACGGCUUUUAGAAUUACUUCAACGAGACCCGAUCACAUUACCAUCAAAAUUCAAGCGGAUCGUGCUCGUAAAUUCUAAAGGUCAAGAAUUGGCAGACACUGAAAUGGACUUGGCGAAUGGAGAUGGGGAUUAUGGUGACAAGGAUGUGAGAUAUGGGUACGGACGAGCAGCUCGGAUUAAAAAGUUAACAUUUCUGUGGAGUAACAACGAGCCAAGCAUAGGAAGCAUUUGUGAUACCGUAGCUUUUGACUUGCUCUGCCCUGAAAACAGACUUCGAGAUAAUUCCUGUUUAGUUUACCGCCUCAUGCCCGUCACAACCUUAGAGGUACCACCCACGUAUAAAAUGUUGUUUGUGAGAGGAUGGCGAUAA